AUGAGCGUAGUCUGGAAGCUUUUCACCAAAACGUCCGAUGAAAAAGGGAACAGCAUUGCUACUUGCAAUAUUUGUAAGAAAAAAAUGAAAAUUCCAUUAUCGAAGACUACCACGAACCUGCUCAUACAUCUCAACGAGAAUCAUAAACAGGAAGUUCAACGAGUCAAGAAGGAGCAGCCAGCUACGCCGCCUACUACUCAGAAGUCGCAGCCCUCCAUAAUAACGGCAUUUUCACCAAAAAUGACAAGUGAAGCCCGCAGAAUUGCAAACACACGACUCGCCAUGCUAAUCGCAGAUAAAUCGCUUUCCUUCAACUUACCAUCAUCAAGAAGUUUUCGCCACUUUGUGCAGUCGCUA